UGGGGAGUGGAUUAGAGCGGUCUUUGUGUCCGUGCCUAUAGCUCUGACACACUGGUGUGAAGGUCCGUCAUUGAUUGGGGGAUAGGAUUACCGGACAGGAAGAGGGGUGAGCUUUAUCCCAUUAUCACACUCCGAGACACCAUUUUCCACUUCCUGUGAGCUGUUUGUGGGAUAUUAAUUCAAUUUCUGGAAUCAGCAUUUCCUUUCUUUGUGGAUCAAAUACCAGUUUUAUGUCCCUGGGUGGAGUGCUUUGAAGAAACAGAUUCUAGACCCAGUGUAUAGCUGUAUAUGUUGUAGUGUGGUACAGCCGAAGGCAGGAUUAUUUUACAUAACAUUUCUUGGUCGCGACCUAAAUCUCGCAGGAACAGCCGAACAAUUCCUUAAGACACAUUGAGAUCAUCUGGCAUUCAGAAGCAGACAGUCAACCAAUAGAAAAGACAAUGUGUAGACUAGCGUGUUUACAUCCAGAAUGAAAUUUUUUGGAACUGUCGGAUAAUUCAUUGGAAUAACUGCAAAAGGAUUCCCCGGGAAAUUUUACCACUUACAUCAUUCCGGACCGGUUGACAAGAUGAAGUUGAGACACUGUGAUCUGUUGUCUGUAAUGACCGUCCUAUAUACUUUUGUCAUGUUGGCAUCAUGUGCAAAAAAACAAAAAGCACCGUCCUGGCGCCAAGACUCCGCACCCUUUACUAACGACGCCAUUGUAGCGAAGACAGAAAGCAGUAGUAUCCGUCUCAAUUGUGGAGCCAAUGGAAAACCCAGACCUACUAUUGAGUGGUACAAAGAUGGAGAGGAAUUUGAUGUCAAAGCACGGAAAAAGUCAAGGAUGCACAGAUAUUCUUUAAUAAUGAAUGGUGCCACAACGGAUGACAAUGGCGAUUACAGGUGUGUGGUGACGAACCCAGCUGGAGUGAUUGAGUUUACCUUCAGAGUGGAUAUUGUCAAACAAUCUGUCGACCUUGACAUUGAGGCUCCCCAGAAUGUGACGGUACGAGAAGGAGAGGAUGCUAUGUUUGUCUGUCGGGCCCGGAAUGUUCCUGACGCUACGAUUCAGUGGGUAAAAUCUAACAAUGGGUCAGGAAAUACAGACGAUCGAUAUCCUCAGCAUCUGACGCCAAACUCUGAAGGGGAGUUAAUCAUCAGCGAUGUCACACCGAGUCAUAGUGGUAAAUACACGUGCUGGAUCGGAACAUAUUACACAAUCAUCGAUCGUCAUGUCUGGUUGACGGUCAUAGCCAAACCAACAACUUCUACAACCACGACAACAACCACCACGACAACCACUACCACCACGACAACCACACCAGCUCCAACAACAACAACAACCACAAUGGAGCCAACAACAACCAUAACACCAGCGCCAACAACCAUGGUCCCCACGACAACGACCUUCCGUGAUACGACCUUUGACUUUGGAGAUCUUGAUUUUGACAACAUGGGUAAUGAGAAAAAGCGAAAGAAGGAUAAAAAGAAGAAGAACAAGAAAAAUAAGGAUAAGAAAAAUAAAAAGAAUAAGGAUAAAAAGAGGAAAAACAAGAAAGACAGAGAGAGGAAGAAACAACAGAGGGAACGCACAAGGAUAGAGGAAGAUCUAUACUCACUUGAUCCCAAAGUUGUUGACAGAUAUAACAUCCCUGAUUUCUCAAAUUAUGGUGGAUUGGAAAACUUCCCUAAGGAGGAUCAGUAUGAUUUUGACAAUGAGCUUCCAUCUACACCAGAACCCUACGAUAACCAUGGAACCGGUAAUGACGAUAUUGACUACGAUCAUAGCGACGAGAUGGACCUUGUCCGUAACCAUGAUAUAACUGUGAGUUCAUCAUCUGGUGACAAGAAACCUUCAAAAUCGACCAAUCAGAAAGACCUCAGCAUGAUGACUAUUUAUAUCAUUGUUGGCUCCGUGGCUGGAGGUGUCUUGUUGGUUGGCCUCGUGGCAAUAAUUGUUGCCGUUUGUUGUAAUCGGAUAGAGGACGGCGGUUAUAAAUCAACAUCAGUGUAGGGCAACCAAAGGGAGAUAACCCUCUCAAAGGGAGACAAUUCAUAAGGGAGAUCAUCAUUCAUCUUGCUGAUAAGUUGAAUAGCUGGGUAUCUAUAGGAACUUAAAACAUGUGCGAUGGAAAUCAACGAAGAUUGCUCCAAACCUUGAUGAUUGAUGAGGAAGGAGAACAAAGAUAAUUAUAUGAUGACCAGUCAUUUUGGUAAUAUUUUUAUAUUUCAUGUUUCCUGAAUAUCACGAAGCUCAAAUCUAAUCAGUUUUAGUUUUGUUCAUUUGCUCGACAUGCUGGAUUUCUGGGACUUUACCCGGAUUAUUUCAUCGGUGGUAAAGUGACUUGACUACUGCCUAAACACAAAGUGUUCAUAUACUCCCGCUCCUCAUCUAAAGACACGCAGUUGUGAUUUGACACUGACAUUAGUUAUUGGUAACAGUUUAGGAUCCGAGGGAACUGCAUAUGACAUCACUCAAGGUCAUACAGAGGUCAACAUGCAUCAUCUGCUGAUUAAUAUAUAUAUAUAUAUACAUAUAGUAGAAUGUAUAUAAAAUAUUUUGUGUUUAGAAACAAAUUUGCAUAAUAAUACAUGAAUAUCAUGAAUAUUCAUCUCUGUACAGUAACUAAUGCAUAUUCAUUUGUUGUGACCAGGAAGAAGCAAGUGAAGGAUGGACAGUAUUAUAUAGUUUCUGUACAUGGUGUUGACCAAAGAACUUUAUAUUGAUAUGUGCAAUAUAAACUACAAUACUGUGUUUACAUUACUGGAAUGUAGAAUUAUCAAUUCUGAACAUUCGUUAAAUUCAAGUUUUAUUUUUCAAAACUUAUGAAGAAUAUAUAUAUGAUGUACGUUGAAGUGUACAUGCAUUACAAUGUGUUGCUCCUCCUUCAAUUUCAAAUUAUUGCCAGAAGUUCUCAGACGUGAGAUGUGAAGAUUGAAGUUGAACACAGGAGCCACGAGCAAGGGAUAAGUGACCAGAUCACAUAUCCAGGCGGAUUGGAUAGACUCUUCGUGUACAUGUUGCAUGCAUAUAUAGUGUUUCAUCUGUCAUUUUCAUUAUCAUCGAACAUUUCUGUCUAUAGAACGUGGAAAUUCAUUUGUUGAUUUUCUUUUGUCUUACAGAAUAAUUUUCCUAGCUAGUUUAUAUUGUGAGAACAUUAAAUUGUUUUUCUAAAGAAAUUACUGAAAUCAAAAUAUUUCUUAACUAUUUCAAAAGUUGGUAAGUAAGAUGAAGAUUAUAGCCUUACAUUAAGGCGUUAAAUGUAACGGCCAAUAGAUGGUUAAUGAGUUUUGUAUUUACGUUCCCCAGUCUUUCUCCUUCUCAUCUUAGUAUUUAUGUAACAUUUCCCCUUCCCCAUAUCCGUGUCCCAGCCUACAUCCCCUUUAAUUCCUCGUCCCUUCAUGAUGUCCCUAUCCUAUGUCCCUUCCCAAUGUCCCCAUCCUAUGUCCCUUCUUGACGUCCCCAUCCUGUGUCCCUUUCUGAUGUCCCCAUCCUAUGUCCCUUUCCGAUGUCCCCAUUCUUUAGUCAUUUGUAAUGUGGUUGGUUAUUCUUUAGCAGUUGUUUGUGUAUAGAUAUUGUUGAGAUUAGUUGGUGCUAUUUUGUUAUUGUAUGUAUACAUAUUUAAAUAAAUCGUCAGGUUUUGAUUGGACCAGAGAAUCGAUUGAGGAACAACCCCAGAAAUCAGUUGAAUUCUCGGGCGAUGUCAAGGGCUUGACAGAAACUGUUCUGAGGGCUGAGAUGUCUCAAGGAUGAAAGAUUUUCUUAUCAAAUCCAAAAAUGUUUUGGCAAUAAAGAAAUAAAUACAUGAGCUAAAACCCAGUUAUAGAGCAAAAAGUAUUGGUAUUAAAAUCUUCUGAUUUUUUGUUACAUUUCCCCCCAGUAUUUUAGCCUUCCCAAUAGUGGUUGUAUUUAUUCAACACAAAGAUCAAAUUACUUAUUGCAAACAGCUUGUUAAAAGGGAAUCAAAUCUCGCCACAUUUUUCUCAAGCAAAAGAAAGUUCCAAGUUGAUAACACUUUCAGGUAGUUCCUCCUGGUAAUAUUUUUUACCAGAAGUGUGUCGUAUACUAUCGACGUUAAAAAACAUGUACAUGUAUUUCAAACCUUUUAUCUAUGUUCAAGCAACAAAGAUGAUUGACUGUCGAAGAGCUAGAGUGCUGUACACAAAUGGUAGAACAGCCAUGUACUAAAUGGUGGAACAGCCAGUUACUAAAUGGUAGAACAGCCAUUUACUGAAUGGUGUAACAUGUACAGCCAGUUAAUAAAUGGUAGAACAGCCAUGUACUUAAUGGUAGAACAACCAGUUACUAAAUGGUAGAACAGCCAGUUACUAAAUGGUAGAACAGCCAUUUACUGAAUGGUGGAACAGCCAUUUCUUAAGGAAACAAAGAAAUGUUUUUCAAUAGUUACCCAUUUUUGUCCGGAAACAAAUAUCUGUAGGAACACAAUUUAGAAACUUCGAUUUUAUUGAAAUAAAAUUUGAUCUUAUAUAACAUGGUCCGGUGUAAAUGGUAUGGACCCAGUUUCCAUUUGGAAAUAAUUCAUCAGCAAUAUAGGUCCUUUGAGUUGUUAGAUUUAGAUGCUGUAUGUACGUUUAUGUAAAUAUAAACCCUUUAUGAUAUACUCCUUGAUAAGUGAUCAGUUGACAUAUAUUUCUACAACAUUGUAAUCAACUCUAUUUAUAUCACAUACGGUAUAAAUACUGGAAGCGUUUUCAUUGGUUGAAAAUUACUUCUUUAUGUUUUCUAUCCUUAUUUAAAUGAGAGUUGUCUUGAUGCCAUCAUUCUCGGAAUGAUCGGAAACUGGAAUCGUAUAUUGUAACACAAUAUCCGACUGAUCAUUCUGAGGACUAAUGCGAUGGUUGCUUCAUAUUUAUCUUAUUUUUGUUCAUUUUCAAAUCAUAGAAAGGCUGUCGUUGUGCUGUUUUCCGACAGUUUGAAAAUCAAAUGACUGCCAAUUUCCAGCCCUUGUAUUGGGAAUGUCUAUCGACAUAUACAAAUCGUCAGGGGACACUAGAAUCAUUGUAAGUGAAUUAUCUAUGUCUCAAAUCAUAUAGUCAUCAUAACAAUAAGUCUUGUUGUUUCUUAGCUCUUGUAGUAUUUGACAAUCAUCAAAAUAUUUUAUAAUAUCUUUUUUUAUUUAUAUCUGUGUAAGUAUUUAUAGAAACUUAUGUGUUUGCUCUCUGGUUUGAAUGUCAUUUUGAACUGGCGUUUAUUUACAAUAUACGGUCUAUAAUUUAAAACAGUGCAUUCUGUGCUUAUGAGGAUAGUUGUCCAUGUUAUACCAAAAUACUCUUGUUUCAGAACGAGGCUCUUAGAGAUUUUUGUUUUGUUUGACAACUGCAAAAGUUACAAUCAAAGUUUAGGGAAAGACAUUGCAUAAAUUUUAGAAGAUUUUUUUUUUUUUUGAGAAAAAUACAUUUAAAUAAAGGUCACUUUUUAAAACAUAAUAUCUUCUGCAUGAAAAAAUUAUCACUUUGACUUUUGAAAGUAGCAGUCAGAUUCAGCAGGAGAAAAAAGGCCAGGAAAGUGUCAUCUCUUAAAAAAGGUUUUGCUUAAUAUCAGAUUUUGUGAGACUGUUUAUGAGAAGAAUUUAAUAUUCAAAGCUCAACAGGGGAUCUUAUUUAGACCAAAAAGGUCUUGCUAAGUACAACUUUGAAGCAUAUUUCAAAGCACAAUCCUUAAGCAUCGUUCUGAGUUCAAAAGAAAAAUAUUGAUCUGACAGAAUGUUGAAAUGUAUUUGUAUCUCAGUAGAAGUUUAUAUUGUAUAAAAGCUACAAAUGCUGACUGUGUGAUUAUGUUUUUUUUAUGUAUUUUAUCUGAACCCUGUAUAUUAAUGUAAGUCACUAUUCACUCAUUUA